UUGAAGAUAGACAGGUUGCUCGUUCUCCAGUGCUGCUAAGUUCUGCUGUGUAAGCCCGCUCACUGAAGACAAUGUCUGCUAAUUUCAAUCUGGCCUCUCUUCUGGAAAGUGGUGAAGCAGUUACCUUUGACAUGGAUGACUGGCUCUUCGAUGGCAUCGAUCUCCAUGAAGCGAACAACUCCGAGCCCAACAAUUUGACCUCCAGUGUGUGUGACCUGAAGGAGGGCCGGCAGUUUGAGGCGGUCUUCAUCCCAGUUCUGUACUCUGUGGCCUUGGUGGUGGGCAUCCCAGGGAAUGGGGUGCUUUUGGGGGUUCUGGCUCGAAGCAGGAAGAGCUGGAGUGUGACGGACACCUUCAUUCUCCAUUUAGCCAUUGCUGAUGUGCUGCUGCUGAUAACGCUGCCCCUGUGGACGGCACAGGACGCCCAAGGGGCCGGAUGGACGUUUGGUACUCCCCUCUGCAAGAUCACUGGCUCUGUUUUUACGAUCAACUUCUACUGUGGUAUUUUCCUGCUGGCCUGCAUCAGUCUGGACCGCUACCUGUCCAUCGUCCACGCCACCCAGAUGUACUCCCGCAGGAAACCCCAUCUCAUCCAGGCCAGCUGCUUGGCCGUGUGGCUCCUCUCGCUCUUCCUCUCCGUCCCCGACUGGAUCUUCCUGGAAGCUGUGAAAGACGCCAGGCGGGACAAAACCGAGUGCAUCCGCAACGUCUCAGAGUCCUGGCAUCUGGCGUCGCGCCUCCUUUACCACGUCGCAGGUUUCCUGUUGCCGUCACUGGUCCUGGUCUACUGCUACUCAUGCAUCCUGCAACGGCUGCGCUGCGGCUCGCAGGGCCUCCAGAAACAGAAGGCCUUCAGGGUCAUCGCCGCCGUGGUGGUGGUGUUCUUUCUCUGCUGGGUGCCGUACAACCUCACCCUCAUGGUGGACACCGCCUUUGCGGGAGACAAGAGUUGUGAGUUCAGAGCGUCUCUGGGGAAGGCCAUGAUCAUCACUCCCACUAUAGGCUACCUCCAUUGCAGCCUCAACCCCAUCCUUUAUGCCUUUGUGGGAGUCAAGUUCCGUCGUCAGCUCCUGGACAUCCUGAGGGCUCUGGUCUGCAAGCCCAAGCAGAGCGUCAAACUCCAGUCGGCUGUGAGCAGCAGGAGAAGCUCCUUGUGGUCCGACUCUGGGGACACUUCCAACUCCCUGGUUAUCUGAGACAGAAGCAUGCCACAGACCUCAUCAAAUCUCCUGAAAACUGUAUACAAAUACUUCUUCUUCUGUUGCUGUUCUUUGUUUGGGCUUCACACAAGCGCAUAGAUCUCUUCUUCUGAGCUUUUUUGUGGUAGAAAUACAAUAUUUUUUUCUUAGCUUUGUAAAAUGAAUGUCUUACUGUGCAUUUAAACUGACAACUGUAUAUACAUGUAUAUCAUACUGUAUAUUGGGCUCCAUCUAGUGAUACAACAAUUUUACAAAUGAAAUUACACUAUAGAUACGCAUCUAACCAUUUUCUGUACCGCUUGUCCUCACUUUUUUCGUGCAGGAGGUGGUGUACACCUGGGACAAACAACCAUUCACACCUAUGGACAAUUUAGAGUAGCCAAUUAACCUAACAUGCAUGUUUUCGGAAUGUGGGAGGAAACCGGAGUACCCGGAGAAAACCCACGCACGCACGGGGAGAACAUGCAAACUCCACACGGAGAGCCCAACGGAUUUUCGAACCCAGAUCUUGCCGAUCUCCUGACUGUGACUGUGUGGCCAACAUGCUAACCACUAGACCACCGUGCGGCCCAGAUUUUUGUGUUGUAGGUGAGAAAUCAUAUUAUUAUUAUUAUUAUUAUUGGUAUUGGCAUUUCAACGUUUUAAAGUUCUUACUGUUCUUUUUCACUGUUUGAAGUGGCCUUUUUUUUUGCAUUGGCCCGUGGCACAUUUUAAUUCAGUUAAUGAAGUGAAUUAAGUUAUGACAAUACAGUCCUAUAUUACAAGAAGACAAUCUAUAAAAGAUUAUUUAAGGAGAAAGACAGAAAAACAACAGCAAAAUGGGAAAAAAUGAGCAAAUACCUAAAU